CCAAGUUGGCCGCUGAUAGAUCGUCAAUAAGUUGAAUGCGAUAUUUUUACGGCAGUAUUUUCUGAAAAUAUCCCUAGAUCUCGUUAACUGUUCUGGAAAAACGACUCCUCAAGAUAUAGAGGUCCUGCCUUAUGCUGAUAAAACAGGAACUUAUAAAGCAACCAUUUUGAGAAGGUCCAUUCCAGCAUGCGCAUGAUGAAGAUUUAAAAUCUCGUUUUUAACAAUGGCAGUGACCUUGCGGCAUUCAACAAUCAACAACCAUGUGGAUUUCGCUGUUUGGAAAGAUAAUGACGGAAAUUGGUAGUGCGGUGUUGAACAAAAACCAAGAACUCGUGUAAAUUAAAGUUGUAAAGAUGGCUCACUAUAAGGGAGCGGCGAGUGAGGCCGGUCGAGCAAUGCAGCUCAUGAAAAAACGCGAAAAGGAAAUGCAAGACUUGGAAAUCCGCAAGAAGAAAAUUGAAGAAGAUCUUAAAAUUAAUAAUAUAGAAACUAAAUUUGCUACACACUACGAUGCCGUUGAACAUCAACUCAAAAGCUCCACAAUUGGCUUGGUAACUUUAGAUGAAAUGAAAGCCAAGCAAGAGAAUAUAGUCAAAGAGCGAGAGAAAAAAUUGGCUCAGAAACAGGCUGAAAAAGAGAGAGAGAAACAGCGUCAACUAGAAGCCAAGCAGGCUGAGAAAAAUAAGCAAAAGAAACAAAUUCAAGCAUUAUCUUUUAAUGUCGAAGAUGAUGAGGGUAGUGAUAUGGAGGAAUUGUGCUUUUGGAAGAGAGUAAAUGAAGAUGAUGAAGUAAAAUUAUUGAAAAAGAUUAAAAAAGAUCCUACAGCAGAUACAAGUUUUCUGCCAGAUAGGGAACGGGAAGAAGAAGAAAAUAGAUUAAGGGAGGAGUUGAGACAAAAGUGGUCAGAACAACAACAAAAAUUGAAAGAAGAAGAAAUUGAGAUUACUUUCAGUUAUUGGGAUGGAUCUGGUCACAGAAGAACAGUCAGAGUUAAGAAAGGUAAUUCAAUCUACCAUUUCCUACAAAAAGUACUGGAAUUGUUGCGGCGAGAGUUUUCUGAACUGAAAACUGUUAUGGCAGAUCAACUUAUGUAUGUUAAAGAGGACUUGAUUUUGCCUCACCAUUACACUUUCUAUGAUUUUAUGGUGACAAAAGCUAGAGGCAAAAGUGGACCCUUGUUUCAAUUUGAUGUACAUGAUGAUGUUCGGCUUGUAAGUGAUGCGUCCAUUGAGAAAGAAGAGUCCCAUGCUGGAAAAGUAUUGCUACGAAGUUGGUAUGAGCGGAACAAACACAUAUUCCCAGCUAGCCGAUGGGAACCCUAUGAUCCUACUAAAACUUAUGACAAAUACACAGUGUCUGAUAAAACUAAGAAAAAUAAAUAACUUUCUUAUUUACAU